AUGUCCUGCUACGACCUGUACCCCUCCGCUGCCUGCGGCGCCCUCCGGCCCCAGCCCCUGGCUGACAGCGGGAACGAGCCGUGCGUCCGCCAGUGCCCCGACUCCACCACCGUGAUCCAGCCUCCCGCUGUGGUGGUCACCUUCCCCGGCCCCAUCCUCAGCUCCUUCCCCCAGGAUUCCGUGGUGGGAUCUGCUGGAGCUCCCGUCCUUGCAGCCUCUGGCACCUCCCUGGGCUAUGGGGGCUACGGAUCCCUGGGCUAUGGGGGUCUCUAUGGAUAUGGGGGUUAUGGCUCCCUGGGCUAUGGGGGUCUGUAUGGAUAUGGGGGUUAUGGAUCCCUGGGCUACGGGGGUCUGUGGGGCUAUGGGGGUCUGGGGUCCUGUGGGGGCUACCGGGGUCUGUAUGGCUCUGGCAGACUCUUUGGCUCUGGCUAUUGCAGCCCCUACUCCUCCUGGUACGGCCGCUAUGGCCGUGGCUACUGGGGCUCCUGCUAAACCCUGAUGAAAACCCUCUGGAUAAUGUAGAAGGGCAAAGUGAAAUGCAGAUUUUUCUUCCCUUUAAAUUCUGUCCUGAUACCUCCAUGAGUUCAAUUCCUUGUUAUCUUCCUUAUCACCCCUGUGGCUGAAUGCAGUGACAGACUGAAGUGUCUUUCAAGCUCUGCCUGUAUUUACAGUCCUGAUGUUACCAUGUUGUUUGUGUUCUUUUCAUUCUCAUUAAAACUAUUGCAUCACUGAAAA